GCACGCCUGCUCCGCACUCACGACAAGAGCCACAACAGAGUACCAAUAGAACAAGGUAGUAGAGAGGAGGUCAAGUUCUGGAGAGCCGCGGUGAAGACGUACAGCCAUGGCCCAGUUUCUCAUCAAAAUCGUGAACCACUUCGCCAGCGAAAUCAUCACCAAGCGCUUGGCCAACUCGCGAGCUUUCCAGCAGUUCGCCAUGAGAACGCACUUGAAGGUUGAGCAAACGAAGAAGAUGGCGGAUAACCCCGAGGAGGCGGCGAAGCUCAUCCGCGGGGCAGGGGAAAAGGUGAAGGCGGAGGCUGACUCGGUGGCGUCAAGCUUCGAGCGUUUCAAGGCAGCGCUGAAGGAGGAGGUUGCACAAGGAGGCGGGGGUGCUAGCAGUAAUAGCGGCACGUCAUCUUAUGCGGGGAGCGUGCCAAAAAACGGCUCAAGAUCGGAUGACAUUGCUGCGCGCGUACAACGGCGGCGGAGGAGAUGAUGGGGCCUGGGCUGCAGGGGAGACUGCGUUUCGAAGGCGCUUCUUCGGUUCAAUAGAUUAUGAUAUUCGUACACAUGGAUUCGUUUUCGUACGCACGGGGGACCCGUCGAUGAUAACGAUGGUAUCUACCCUCGUGAAACAAGGCAACACUACCGUGCGGAACCUCCGUGGUAUCGAGACGAGUUGGAGCCGGGAUACAGCAGUGGCUACGUUGUCUUCGUCACUCAGUUAUUGACAAAGGCGGAUAAGAAACGUCGCCUUAUCCCUGUCUUCAACGCAUGGGUAGCACGUUGUCGACCGUGGCGGACAAGCGUCGGCAAUGGCCAUUCCGCGCGGCGUAGUAGUGGAUGCGCUCGGACCCCAAGAAAUGAACGCGGCAAGCUGGUGUGUUCCUGUGUGGUGAUGUAAAGAGGUGGAACACUCUGUUGCUUUCACCAGGAUUUUUUUUGUGCGAUAUCUCGCCCCCUGCACUGGGACGGAAGGAGAGCCCCGCAGCUGGUUCAGUGUUGUUUCCGCCUGUUACGCGUGCAUGCGUCGUUCGUGAGAAGACUGACUCCCUUAGCGUGUUUUGGUAGAAGCAGGCUUGGUUUAUCCUUCAGAGGAUGUUGGUCCUUUGGAUCUCACGGUUGUGCACAUAGACCUUGGAUGAGGAGAGACUUCCGGCGAUAUGUAACAGAGAGAAAUGCAAGAGGUAGCGCGCAGUUUUUUGCUCGACCAAAAACCAUGCGGCGUUGCUGCUUUCUGUGCACUUGUCGGCGGAACACCCAGCUUGCAUUGGGAAAGAAGCACUUCAAUGGUAGGCAAAUCGCAUUGGCGCUGGCCUCGAUAGAAUGCUACCCAGCAUUGUCUUAUGUGCCAAGAAUAGACUGGCAGUUGGAUUUGUUGAAAUAGAAACGUUUCUCUUCACCGGAAAGACGGGAGGUUCGCCCGCUUUCUCUUGCCGGGAAUAGAUGCUUUUUGGGCGUUGGCCUCUGCUUCCCGUGAUGCGCCAACUCACGAACUGCUGUGCUUUGUUUUUGUUUCAAGCGUCAUCGGUUCUUAAUCGUUGUUGCUGUAGUUUCUGUACACAUUCGCUAUCCGUACAUUUGGGGGUGUCGAGAGACAGGAGGAGGAGGAUUGGAGGAGCAGUCCGUGCGUGUUUGUAGUGUAAGCCUGUUGUACUUCGACUUUUGGUGUCCUCUUUCUAAUACGCCGGUAUAUGGCGAUCCUCUUCAUGAAGGGUACAAUCUCCCCGACGUCUGCAGAGGACGGCUCCCUCUUUUGUCUUGGCGCCGGGGUUUGCACAGGCCGCAAAAAACUUGAUUCGUCCGGGGCCCUGCUGGCCUUGGCAGCAAAGCGAGCAAAUAUCAUCGAACAAGACAUGGC